AUGCCCCGUCUUUCUCUUGCCCAGCAGCUUGCGGAGCUGUCUGAACCCGCUCCUGUCGACCUCGAUCCGGAAGACUUACGGGCUGGUGUAGAUGUAGGAGAUGCAUCUGCUAUCGAUAACCCAGCAGCAACAGAGCAUUAUGUUGAAGUAGCGCCAUCUGCUAUACGUAAACUGCACGACAGCGUGACAGACCCCAAAUACGAUGGUGUUCGUACCUCGCGCACGCAGCUAUACGAAGACGCGGGUGGAGAUGAGGGCGAUGAUGACGAUGAGGAAGGGGGCUCGUUCCAGGAUUCUGAAACAAGCCAGUCGGAUAGUGGAGAUAAUUCCGACUCAGAGGAAGCGGCGAGUGACUCCGUAUCUUCAGAGGAUGAGUCCGAGGAAAGGUCUGGAUUUCACCAGAAUGCGUUAUCUGAGCACACAGACACGUCGCCAUCUGUUGCCCUAGCCAAUAGAACCAAUACCGAAUCUCCGGCACAUGAAGACCUUGCGUCAACCCUGCGCCAAACUCGUGAAGCCGACCGUCAAAAGGGAACUGCAGUUUCCCGACAAAUUGCCCUUUGGGACACGUUGCUAGAUGCACGGAUUCAAUUACAGAAAACUGCGGCCGCGGCGAAUCAGCUACCCACCGGUACGUACCUUCAACAUCUGGCGUCGCGCGCAAAAACUCGUGAAGCCCUCAACAAUAUGCUCAGCGAGGCUACCACACUCUCUGAAGAGCUAUUUUUGCUACAAGAGACUCUUCUCGAACGCAACGAGCCCAUAACGGCCCCUUCUCGUAAGCGACGGAAGGUCGACCAUGGGCAGGGCGAACCACAUGAUUAUACUAGUCACUUACGUGGCCUCUCCGCGGACGCCUCUGCGCUCGAGGCCAACUACCACAUACACCUCAUCCAGACUUUAGCGAAGUGGUCUGCCAAAGUUCAAGCGGUUGCGCCUAGCGCUCUUCUUGGCAGCCGUACUUCUUUCUCCGGCGACAAGGACAAAGUUGGGAUCGUGACCAUGAUCGAUGAGGUCUUGAGAACUGAUCGCGACAAAUUGCUCCACCGGACGAGGACUAGAAGGAGUAAGCACAAGCGCCUGGGGUCUGGUGAUCUUCAAAAUGAAAGCCAUGAGGCUAAUCAUGACGAGGAAGAGGACGAAGAAGUUUUUGACGAUCUGGAUUUCUAUCAGCAGCUUCUCCGGGAUGUCAUCAAGGCGCGCGGCGGCGAGCCACAAGGCGGAGAGCAAGACUGGAUGACCCAGCAAAGAGAGAGGAGGGCAAAGCGCAAGUCGAAGGUUGAUACGAAGGCGAGUAAGGGAAGGAAGCUAAGGUAUGAAGUUCACUCAAAGCUGCAAAACUUUAUGGUACCUGUCCCCGUUUCUCAUGGAGCGUGGCACGAGGAACAAGUAGACGGUUUAUUCACUUCAUUACUAAGCACGACAUCAAAGUAG